AGCAGGGGCGGUAGUUUACUAACGGACCAGGACAGGAAGCGCAAUGGAUUAUGGGAUUUUUAGUUCUCAGUGGAUGACGGUUGGCUUGAUAAGACCGCGAAGAACAAAACAAGACAUUUACCACCGAAAAUAAAAUAUCAGCCUCGAAUUCAGCAUAAAUACAAGCUACGCAUGCUUUGAGUCCGGAAAAAUUCAGGUGGAUUCAGUCGUCGUACGAAGAAAAGCGGUUCACUUUUGGUGAAAAAUAAACAGGAAGUUGUUAGCGUUGUGGGACGUGUAGUUCCGCUUGUAGGCCACUGGGCUUGAUAACAACGCAUAGAAUAAAGAAACAACAAUAAAAUAACUCAAACUUCAUCCAAGGACCGUGCUUUUAGUCUUGGUGUUGAAGUAAACAUGCCUGGGUUCACCUGCUGUGUCCCUGGCUGCUACAACAACUCGCACCGAGACCGGGACCUUCGAUUCUACACAUUUCCUAAAGACACCACGCUGAGGGAGCUGUGGCUGAGGAACAUCUCCCGGGCCGGGGUCAGCGGCUGCUUCAGCACCUUUCAGCCCACGACAGGACACCGAGUCUGCAGCGUGCAUUUCGCCGGCGGGAGGAAGACAUACAGCAUCCGAGUACCGUCCCUCUUUCCUCUGCGGGGGGUCAAUGAGCGCAGGAGUCGGCGGGGCAGAGGGAGGAAAGUGUCCGCGGCGGUUACUGCCCCCGCCGCUGCUGCAACCUCCGGGAUUGUCGUCACCAGCGUACUGGGUAGUACGGCAGAAGGAGCCGAGGGCAAUGCAGGCGGCGAGGCGAGCGAUGACAGCAUCACCGUGGUUCAGAUAGGCCACAACGGGGAGUACCUGGGCACAGCGCGGCUGCCAGCCCAGUCAGAGGGGACUUGUUACACCGCCGCCGUUGUGUCCGGCGAGCUAGUUGCCGACGACUCAUCGGUCGAAACCGCGUCCACUGUGCACCAGCCGCCCGUGCAGUACGUAAGUGUGACCAGCAGUCCGCUGGACCACGCGUACUCGCUGACCACCGGCACCACGUCUGCCGAGCUGCUGCGGAAACUAAACGAGCAGCGGGACAUCAUCGCACUGAUGGAGGUGAAGAUGAAGGAGAUGAAGGCGACCAUCCGCCAGCUCCGGGUGACCGAGGCCAAGCUGCAGGAGGAGGUGCGGGAGCGGGACCGGCUGCUUUACGGAAACUCAGUAGCUUUAAGCGUCCGGAAGAAAAUCUGAUGGGCGACCCGUUACAGAGACUCCAACUAACCAGGAUUCGAGGGGUUUUAAUACGGCAGAUCCAGCCCUAUUUUGUACAGAACUACGAACGAUGACAAUUUAUUUUCAACAACUUGAGUUGAUUUUUCGUAGGCCUGAGGUAAAAAGUUGGCUGGCUAGUUUAUGUAGCUUAUAUUAAUAACACCAUUGCUAAUUACUUAGAAAGAUGCAGUCCUCUAUUGGCCUGAAGCCCAAACAAGGUCAAUAAUACAUUUUAUUCAUUCAACCGGGACUCAUAGUUUGCACAGACUGACAUUUAGGGUUCCUUACACAUUUAUAACCGGACUGGUGAUGAGGAAGAUGCUCGAAACUGCCUAGUUGCAUAGAUGGUUUUUCUUUUACGAUGUUUUAUUCCCUUACUUAUGAAUUUAAAUUAGGAGGUCGAUACAAGAAACAUCUCACAAUAGAUUUGCAGAGGUAAAGUAUGCCAAGAUGAAGCAUCGAUAGGAUUUUUUUUGUAAACAAAACACUAUUCUUGGCACACUUGUGUUGUUACCUUUUAAAGGCACCCUUAAGUUUUUCUCAUUUUUAUUUUUGUUGCUAAAUACAUUUGUGCAACAGAAAACAGACUUAAAUUCCUUAAAACUUGAAGGGGCACUCAAAAGAUGUAAUCUUAUUAAAUGAUGUUUCUUGAAGACAUGCAUUAAGUUACAUUUUCUCAGACUUUUUUUUUUAUGGUCUUAAACGAAAAAGGUUCUCAAGAUACCUUAUGCAACUUGAACAUGUAUGCCUGCCCCUGAGGUUGUUCUGUGAAACAGCACCUGCUUGAUUAAUGUGUGUGAUGUUUCUCCACACAGAAGUUUAGUGGCUGCAUUUUUCUGUGCUGUUCAUGAGUGUUUUAUGCACAGGAUGUUACAUACAUUUCUGAUUUUUCAACUUGGUCUGACAGCUAUGCUCUGCUCUCAUUUUGAAGUAAAUUUCAUUUUGAAAUAGUGCUGAUUCAGGCUGAAUAAUUUGUCAAUCCAUGAACCUGUUCCAUCCUGAUUGUGUCCAGUCACACAGUAGUAAGUAGUGAGUCAGAAGAUCCUGGAGUAUUUUUUAUUGCUUUCACCUUCAAGUUGAGAAGGUUUUAGCUCUCCCCUGGGUCGCAGUCACCUCUCAGUGGCUGUUGUUUGGACUUUUUUUUUUUUUUUAAGAAAGAAGAGAAAAUGUUUUCCAGUGACUUGCUUUAGAAAUAUUUUUUUAGCUGUGUUGUGGAAAAAGUAUAAAAGACUACAAUUAUAAAGACUUGUGAUGGAAACAAAACAUGAACUCAAAUCUCAACGUUGCUGCCCUGUUUCCUACGCCUGUUGGGUGACCAGGGUAAAGUCUCACUCAAUACUUACUCUGUCAGUGUUAAAGGAGUGCCCUGAUGAAGAUAUUGCCUUAUUAAGAUGAAUGUGAUAGAUGUGUGAAGUGUGCAAACCAUCAACUUAGCUGUUUCUUCUUUCUGAUCUUGAGAAUAUUACUUGUUCUUGGAGUUACUUGUUGAGAAACAACACAAGCCACUGAUACCAGUUAAGGUUUCAGUGAUUGUAAUUUAGGGUUAACUUACUUACUAUAGAAGAUUAAUUAAUUAAUUAAUUGGUUAAGAAAUAAAAUGGAACAUGGCCAAUACAAGAUACCAGAGGAUAAAUAUAUGUCCUCAGAUUGCUUCCUUUGGUUAACAGUUGAAAAACAAAAUGAUAGGUAGUUUUUAAAGCAGCAAAUAGUUACAUUUGAAAAGUGAUGAGCUGUUUUUACUUCAUAAAUCACAUACAGCAGUGAA